CUGUGAGCAACUGGCCUAAGACGUCAGAAGUCCGACGAAUCGCACAACGUAAACAAUGCUACCCACCUGGCUGACCGCGGAGUAUUUGCAGCCCAGACUAAGGGCCUACUGCCAGGACGAGCAGCUGAAGGUCCUUAAGAUCUGGGCCAAGCCAGCGACGGGGAAGGGAGAGAACUUCGUUGGCGUAAUGACCCGCAUCUAUGUGGACUAUCAGCUGGGCGAUGGAUCGCUGGAGAAGAAGACCUACAUCGUGAAACAGGCUCUUGCCGACGACGUUCCCCAGACGCAGGUCUUCUUCGAGUACGAUCUGUACACCCGGGAAAUGGACAUGUACGAGUUCGUCCUGCCCAAGCUGAAGGAACUGCUGCAGGAAGCCGGCCUGGAUGGUAAGCUAACAGCAGAUGCCAUCACCGUGGACCGCGAGUACAACACCAUGAUUCUGGAGGAUUUGGCGCCAUACAAUUACGUCAAUGCGGAUCGCGUGAAGCAGCUGGACCUGGCGCACACCAAGCUGACUCUGGAAAUGCUGGCCAAGUUCCAUGCCGCCUCCAUUAUCCUGCAGGAACGCCACCCGGAGCUGCUCACCAAGUGCUUCUUCAUCCACUUCUUUUCGCGCGACAAGAAGGCGUACGCCGAGGUCUUUGCCGGAUUGUUUGAGGCGUUCUUGAGGUUCAUAGAUGGCCAACCGAAUCUGAAGAAAGCCUAUGGCGCCAAACUGCACAAGCUGCGUGCCCACAUCAUGGAGUAUGGAGCACGGGCCUACGACGUGGGUGAAAGUGAUGUGAGGACAUUGAACCACGGCGACUGCUGGACCACCAACAUCAUGUUCCAGUACGAUGAUGCGGGCAAACCGCGCACCGUUGUAGCCAUAGAUUUUCAGUUCAGCAAUUGCACAUCGCCCACCAUCGACCUGCACUACUUCUUCACCACUUCCCUAAAGGAGGAGUUCAGGGACAAGGAAUCGGAGCUCGUGGAGCAUCACUAUAGGGCCCUAAAAGCGAACCUGGAGAAGUUCUCCUACAAGGGCUCGUUUCCCAGCCUGCAGGAAUAUGAGCUUCAGUUCGAACGCCGCCGAUUCAUGAGUCUUUUGGCUCACAUGUUCAAGCCUUGCAUGAUUUACAAUGGAUCUGAGGAGACCUCCGACUUCUCCAGUCUGUAUUCGGAUACCCCUGAGGCACUUCGCUACCAAAAGUCGGUCUAUGCCAGUGAAGCGGUGAUCAGGAGUGCCACCAAACUGCUGGCCGUUCUGGAUGCCAAGGGGCUUUUGGAUCUCCAAUAAGCUGUUAUUGUGUUGUUACUUUAUUAUUAAAAUUCUGUAGGCCAAAAACAUCCUUUAUCUUGAUGGUAAAUACUAUAUACCUUCAGUCAAGAUCUAAGUAGGCAUCAGCAUUUAUUAGUUUCAGUGCCUUUAAGUCGUAAGAAGUAAAUACAAUUGAAUAAGUAGCUUUCGUGUGCAAUCUAGUUUAAGUGCAAUCUGAGUUAAGGGUAUCUGAUAGUCAUAGAACUCGAUUUCAUAGUUGAGUGCUGAUAAAUAGCCCCAUCUGUUUGUAUGCCAAAUGACUUUUCAUAGAGCACUUUAAUGAUAAGCAAUCAGCGAACGCUAAAUUGCUUUAAAAUAUCACAUGUGUAAUAACGUUACGUCAUUUUGGCGUCACUUUCGGUGGGGAAUGAUUAAAUACAAAGGCCUUUAACCUAAACUGACUAGGUUCUAGUGAUAACUGCCUAGUUCUGAUAUUUAAUAGCCUGUCUAAAGUUAAUUAAACAUUUUGCAACUGUAAAUAUGUCUGUACUGCAA